CCAGAUGGUCUGGGCAAGUCUGUGGGGAUGUGCAUUUGGAGCCACACAGGGAACGACGUCACAGGGAUAAUUAGUCGUUCCGAGAAGUUGGUGAGAACGUCAGAAAAGCUCAUAGGACACGGUGAGAUCUACCAUUAUCACACCAAGCUGCCCAUCAAGGAGCCAAACACAGGGGGAAGUUUCAGAUGGCAUCAAGAUUAUGGAUACUGGUAUCAGAACGGGAACCUAUUUCCAGACCACCUUAACACUGUGUAUAUUGCUUACGAUAAGAAUGACCGCGAGAAUGGCUGCAUGCAGGUUCUGGUGGGUUCCCACAAGGCAGGACGCCAGAAUCAUCACAGAGUUGGGGGCCAGAACGGCAUUGAUGAAGAACGAAUCGAGCACCUGGCCAAAAUUUGUCCAUUGAAGUACGUGGAGUUAGAGCCUGGAGAUGCUUUGAUUUUCCACGCCAACUUGAUCCAUAAGAGCGACGCCAACAACAGUAACAAGCGGCGGUGGUCGUUCCUUGUUUCUUACAACACCAAGGAAAACAACCCGGUGUACGUUCAUCAUCAUGCCCAGUACACGCCCUUAGAUGUGGUUCCUAAUUCCGCCAUUAAAGCCUGCACCAACUUCACAGACAUGACGGGGAAGGAAUUUCUGGACCCGUCCAUUGACAAGACUGUCAUCGCCGAUAAAACUAACCCUGUGAAAUUACCGAAGACUAGCGACUAAGACCCCAUUUCCAGCGAUGGGGGUUAACGCUAAAUAGCUGUCAGCCGGGCGGACACGAAAGUUAAU